AUAAAUAUAAUUGAAAAAUAAAUAAAAAGCCACCAAAUUCAACUAUAAAUUGUUAAGUGGUAGUUCAACAUUCUCAGAGUAUCCGUUGCAUUGCAUCUUUCAACCAACAACAACAAAACACACACACACACACCCUUUUCUAUCAUCUCUCACCGGGUUUUAGGGCAACAGAAAUGGCACGCAAGAAGAUCCGAGAGUAUGAUUCCAAGAGGUUGGUGAAGGAGCAUUAUAAGAGGAUUUCUGGUUCUGAACUGCCCAUCAAAUCUGCACAGGUUACAGAAUCAACCGACUUCAAUGAGCUUGUAGAGAGGGAACCAUGGUUAUCUUCAUCCAAACUGGUUGUGAAACCCGACAUGUUGUUUGGAAAGCGUGGCAAGAGUGGACUUGUUGCCCUGAAUCUUGAUUUGGCUCAAGUUGCUGAAUUCGUAAAGGAGCGACUCGGGAAAGAGGUUGUAAUGGGAGGAUGCCAAGGACCCAUAACCACAUUCAUUGUUGAACCAUUUGUUCCACAUAACGAAGAGUUCUAUAUCAACAUUGUUUCUGAGAGAUUAGGGUGUAGCAUCAGCUUCUCAGAAUGUGGAGGAAUUGACAUUGAAGAAAAUUGGGACAAAGUGAAGACAAUCUUUUUACCAACAGGGGUAUCUUUAAAUCAAGAAAUAUGUGCUCCACUUGUUGCCACUCUCCCAUUGGAAUUCAAAUCUGUAAUCGAGCAGUUCAUCACACACAUAUAUUCCCUAUUCAUAGAUCUUGAUUUCACUUUCCUAGAAAUGAAUCCGUUCACAUUGGUAGAUGGAAAGGCUUAUCCUCUUGAUAUGAGAGGCGAGCUUGAUGAUACUGCUGCUUUCAAGAACUUCAAAAAGUGGGGCAGUAUCGAAUUCCCAAUGCCCUUUGGAAGAGUUAUGAGUGCUACUGAAAGCUUUAUUCAUGGACUUGACGAAAAGACCAGUGCAUCUUUGAAGUUCACUGUUCUUAACCCAAAAGGGCGAAUCUGGACCAUGGUGGCUGGUGGUGGUGCUAGUGUCAUCUAUGCAGAUACAGUUGGAGAUCUUGGUUAUGCUUCUGAGCUUGGAAACUAUGCAGAAUACAGUGGUGCACCCAAUGAAGAGGAAGUUCUGCAAUAUGCUCGAGUUGUGAUUGAUUGUGCAACUGCUGAUCCUGAUGGUCAAAGGAGGGCACUUGUGGUGGGAGGUGGAAUCGCAAACUUCACUGAUGUUGCAGCCACCUUCAAUGGCAUCAUUCGUGCGAUGAAAGAGAAGGUAGCUAAGUUGAAAGCUGCAAACAUGCACAUCUAUGUGCGAAGAGGAGGUCCAAAUUACCAAAGAGGGCUUGCAAGAAUGCGUGCACUUGGAGCUGAACUUGGUAUCCCCAUUGAGGUGUAUGGGCCUGAGGCAACGAUGACAGGAAUAUGCAAACAAGCAAUUGAAUGCAUAUCGGUUUCUGCUUAAAUUUGGUGGAUCUGAUUGGACUCUUUUAGCAUAUGUUUCAUCAAAAAUGUUAAAAUCUUGGAAUUUAUACGUUAAUAAUAAGAGUGUUGUAAGUUGAAUAUUAUGAUUUGUAUCUUUGGGUUAAGUGUAUGGUGAUGCCUUUGCUCAUCUCUA